UUAAAGGGUAGUGUAGUGAGAUUCUGUGUGAGCUAUAAGAGAGAUUAGAGAAGCUAAACAAGAGAAAAAAAAAUGAAGUUGGGAACACCAAAAAUGGAGGCAUUUCUAAGGGUUUUUGCUAUCUUGAUGUUGGUUUUAACAGCCAUUUUAUUAGGGUUAGAUAACCAAACCAAGACUGUCUUUUACGUUGAGAAACAUGUCACAUACAAGUAUUUGAAAGCCUUAUUAGUUUUAGUGUAUGUGGAUGCUGUGGCUGCUGCCUGCAAUCUUCUUCAACUAGGCAGAUGUUAUUUACUAGACAAGGGAAACUUUAAGAAUUCUUAUUAUAUAUAUCUGGCUUGGGGUUCUUUCUUAUUGGACCAGAUUGGAGUGUACGUUGCAUUCGCAGCAACCUCAGCCGCCCUAGAACAUUCGGUUCUGGUGGUGACGGGGGCGGAGGCAUUUUCAUGGCUGAAAUGGUGCAACAAAUUUUCCAGAUUCUGCAUCCAAGUUGGCGGGGCGUUGCUCUGUGGCUACCUAGCAUGUAUCAUAAUGACUAUAAUAUCCGUUAUUUCGGCCUUCAAUUUGUUUAGGCUUUAUUCUCCUAAACAUAUUCUGCACUUAAAGACCAGCACCACUUGAUUACGAACGCUCAUGUUCUACUUACUUUGAUUGUUGUCCUUUAUUUGCUAAAUCUAUAAUACAUGAAAAGGUUCAAUGUAAGUGUAAACAAUUUCAAUUAUAUAUUGGGUUACAAUGUUUUUGAAA